AUGUUUAUUAGACAAUUUUUGCACAACGGCAGCGGCAAACCCUUUAUUUCUAAUUUUAACCCGCUGUUGCCAUGUAGCAUAAGACACAAACACACCAAAGACCUCAAUGAACACCGUGCCAAGGUGAUGGGUCGUGGUCUCCCAGAGAAAAAGCCCUUACCUGGAGUAAAAAGCAUUAUACUUGUUGCUUCUGGUAAAGGAGGAGUUGGGAAGACCACAACAGCUGUGAAUCUCGCAUGUGCAAUGAAAGUGAUAGAACCAGACAAAGAAAUAGGUCUCUUAGAUGCAGACGUGUUUGGCCCUUCUGUCCCUCUUAUGAUGAAUAUUAGUGGAGAACCAAUGCUAAAUGAUGAUAAUCUCAUAGAACCUCUUUUGAAUUAUGGAGUAAAAUGUAUGUCAAUGGGGUUGUUGGUGUCAGGCGAAAAUGCGGUAGUGUGGCGAGGGCUGAUGGUAAUGCAGGCUCUGGACCGUCUGACGAGACACGUGGCGUGGGGGCCUCUGGACUGCCUCGUUGUAGACACACCGCCAGGCACUGGAGAUACACACCUAUCACUCGCACAGAACCUGCCCAUCGAUGGCGCGCUGGUUGUGACUACCCCACAAUCGGCGGCAUUGCAAGUCACAAAGCGAGGCGUGAAUAUGUUCGAAAAAUUAAAAGUUCCCAUAAUCGGUGUGGUUGAAAACAUGUCGCACGCGAUGUGCACCUCGUGCGGCACCAAGAACUACGUAUUCGGCAACGCCACGAAAGAAAGCGCACAACAAAUGGGACUGGACAUCAUCGAGAGCUUCGAAGUCGACCAGAAUAUGUCGGAGUGCAUCAACAGCGGCAAACCCGCCAUAUAUGCGCUCCCCGACAGUAUACACGCGGAGAAAUACAGACAUUUAGCGAAUAAAGUUUUCAAAUAUAUAUAUGAUAAGGACAAAGAACAAGUCAAAGCCACGGAACAGUAG